UUCAAACAUGGCGGCUUGAAGAGGCACAGAGAUCUUAGCCCACAACAACAAAAGUAGAUAGCUUGUGGAUAAAUUCACCUCGACGACAUGCAGAGAUCUUCUCGUAUGCAGCGUGAACUGAGCAUUCUAACGAAGGAGCCACCGCCAGGAAUCUCUUGUUGGGCGGUAGAUCAUCAAAUUGACAAACUUCAAGCAGAAAUUUUAGGUUCAAAAGACACCCCUUAUACUGGAGGCUGCUUUAGGCUGGAAAUACAAAUUCCCGAGCGGUAUCCGUUUCAACCUCCUAAAGUUCGCUUUGUCACAAAAAUCUACCAUCCCAAUAUUGAUGGAAGCGGUAGGAUCUGCCUGGACACUCUUCAGAUGCCUCCAAAGGGAGCUUGGAAACCAGCUUGGAACAUUUCUACUGUGCUGACAUCAAUCCAGCUUCUCAUGGCAGAACCAAACCCAGAUGAUCCUCUUGUUUCAGAAAUUUCUGAUGAAUACAAGUACAACAGACCACAGUUUAUUAAAAAUGCAAAGGAAUGGACUCAGAAAUAUGCAACUGGUCAAAAAGUAACUGCUGCAUCAGUUAAGGAUUCCCUAAAUCAAGCAAACAAAGAAGCUGAGAAAAACAGUGACUCGGAAAGUGACACCAGUGAUGAGUCUGAAAAUGAAAACAAGCCCCAUACCCACCCCACCCAGGGUGUCAAGAGGGCAUCAGCUGCACAACUCCCUGGAAAAACCAAGGCACUCAGACCAAAUAAUUAUUAGACAGGCUUGCAAGCUUACAAAAAGGAAAAAGAAAAAAAUUGAAAUGAAUGUUGAACAAAAUUAUCAAUAAGGGGUUACAUGCCUUUGCUUUUGUAACCCCAUAAUAAUGCGUGGUUUAAUGUACAUGUAAAGUGUGGUUUUCUUGCAAAAAAUACAAACCAAAGUUCAGCUGAACAAUGGAGAUUUAGUUAUUUUAUACUGCAAAAAAGUAGGCCACAGAUAAGGACCAAAACCUUGGAGAGAAACAAGUGACCUUUCUGUUUACCAUUUGAUUCAAACUGCUUGUGGUGUCGCAGUUUUUAAUUGUACUGGCACAGACUCAAAUGUACAAGUAGAGUUUACACCGAAAGUAGACAGAUCCAACGUAUCCAAAAAGUCUUUAGGCUAAGCAGCCAAGCCUGAAAUAUCCAGGGAUACCCGGAUAUAACACUGCUUGUCAUGAAAAUCAAGUUAGAGAAAAGUUUUCUUGUACAUACUUGAAGAAGUUGCUAGAAUGCAGUCAUGAAGACAUGAAAUGGUGAAGAGGACUGUAGUAUGCUCAAAGUUGUACAGAGGAAUCCUGUUCUGAUGUUGUAGUAACUAAAGAAAGAAAGAAAAUGACAAAACGCUGUUGACUCGUGUGUUCACUGAAAAAUUGGAGAAGCAAAGUACAUUUUGUGAAAUGCUAUAUACUGUUUGUUAGUGUUGAUCUGAUAGUGUAACUGAAGUGGCAAGAGUGUACUCGUUAGUUUUAAUGGUGUUUUAAUUGAAGUAAACUUGCCUCACACCAGCCUUUGCCAACUAAAUCUUGUUGGCAAUUCACAAGGCAGAAGCAGCUUAAAGACUGCAAUCACUAUUGAAAGUGGUGGAGAUUUUUUCCAAAGGCUAGGUUAAAUUUAAAUCUUAAGGGCAAAAACCAAACUUAGGUCCAUUUUUUUCCAAAGGCUUUGCUAAAUUUAAAUCUUAAGGGCAAAAACCAAACUUAGGUCCAUUUUGAGGGUAGGCUCUCUCCUCCAGACUUGUCUCUAAUGUCCUGGGCAUGGUUGUUCAAAAAGUGGAUAACACUAUCCAACGGAUAAAUCACUAUCCAGCGGAUAAGUUUUACCA